AUGAGCUCCUUGAAGCAGUUCAUCCGCAAUGUUCGCGCUGCCAAGACGAUCGCAGACGAACGCGCCGUCAUCCAGAAGGAAAGCGCUGCCAUAAGAGCCAGCUUUCGAGAAGAGACACACGACCACAACGUUCGACGAAACAAUGUCGCCAAGCUACUAUACCUAUUCACCCUCGGCGAAAGGACACAUUUCGGGCAGAUCGAGUGCUUGAAGCUCCUAGCAUCCCCACGCUUUGCUGACAAGCGGCUGGGCCAUUUGGCCACGAGUUUGCUGCUGGAUGAGAACCAAGAGGUAUUGACUCUUGUCACAAACUCUCUCAAGAAGUACAGCCGACUUCGCUAUUGGCUUGAUGUUGAUACUGACUCUCGCAGCGAUCUUGGUCAUUCGAACCAGUAUGUCGUCGGCCUCGCUUUGUGUACCCUCGGCAAUAUCGCAUCCGUUGAGAUGUCCCGUGAUCUCUUCCCCGAAAUCGAAAACCUUAUUGCCACCAGCAACCCCUACAUUCGUCGCAAGGCUGCCCUCUGCGCCAUGCGCAUUUGUCGUAAGGUGCCGGAUCUACAGGAGCAUUUCUUCGAUAAGGCCACGCAGUUGAUCUCGGAUCGCAACCAUGGUGUUCUUCUCUGCGGACUGACACUCAUUACUGGGUUGUGCGAAGCGGAUGAGGAGGAAGGGGGCGAGGAAGGCAUCGUCGAGAAGUUUAGGUCUUUUGUGCCUGGACUGGUCAAGACCUUGAAAGCGUUGUCGACUUCAGGAUAUGCGCCUGAACACGACGUUACAGGGAUUACUGACCCCUUCCUCCAAGUCAAGAUCCUUCGGUUGCUGAGAGUACUUGCUGUCGGGGACGCCGAGACGAGCGAACAGAUCAACGACAUUCUCGCCCAAGUCGCGACGAACACAGACUCUUCCAAAAACGUUGGAAACUCGAUCCUAUACGAAGCGGUUCUUACAAUUCUCGACAUCGAAGCGGACUCGGGUCUCCGUGUGCUUGGUGUGAACAUUCUGGGUAAAUUCUUGUCGAACCGGGACAACAACAUUCGAUACGUUGCCCUCAAUACGCUAAUCAAGGUGGUGGCAAUCGAGCCCAAUGCCGUGCAACGACACAGAAAUACAAUCCUCGAAUGCUUGAGGGACCCUGAUAUCAGCAUCAGGAGGAGGGCGCUGGAUCUCAGUUUCACCUUGAUCAACGAGGGCAACGUGCGCGUGCUCAUCAGGGAAUUGUUGGCAUUCUUGGAAGUCGCCGAUAACGAAUUCAAGCCGACAAUGACUAGCCAGAUUGGCAUUGCGGCGGACAGGUACGCACCAAAUAAGCGUUGGCAUUUCGACACGAUGCUUCGAGUGCUCUCCUUGGCCGGUAAUUACGUCAAAGAGCAGAUUCUCUCGUCAUUCGUGCGACUGAUCGCCACGACACCCGAGCUGCAGACCUAUGCCGUUCAGAAACUUUACGUCAACUUGAAGAAAGACAUUACACAGGAGAGUCUUGCCCAGGCUGGUGCCUGGUGCAUCGGCGAAUUCGCUGAUGCCCUGCUCCGGGGAGGCCAAUAUGAAGAAGAGGAGGUAGUGAAGGAGGUCAAGGAGAGCGAGAUUCUGGACCUGUUCACCAUGAUCCUUAACAGCAGCUACGCAUCACAAGUGUCGACCGAGUACAUCAUCACUGCCUUGAUGAAGCUGACUACCCGCUUCACGGACCAGACGCAGGUAGAGCGGGUGCGUCAAUUGUUACAAUACUACCAAACUAGCUUGGACGUCGAGGUGCAACAGCGCGCGGUCGAGUAUAGCAACCUCUUCUCCUUCGACCAGAUUCGACGUGGUGUCUUGGAAAAGAUGCCGCCGCCCCAGAUCAAGGAAGAAUCCAGAGUGCUUGGACCGGCCGCCACGAAGAAAGCCAAGGCCAGCAACCGCAAAUCGAAAAUCAUCAAACCAUCUGAGCAGGAUCUCCUCGAUAUUAUGGAUGGCCCCGCAUCCCAAACAACAGCUGGACCUCCUUCUACCAACAACUCGGAUUUAUUAGCAGACAUCCUUGGCGGUGGUCCCUCAUCGCCUCCGCCCACCUCCCAGUCACCAACUCCGCAAGGGAACAACAUGUCUUCUAUCAUGGACCUCUUCGGAUCCCAGCCUUCUGGUGGGACUUCAUCUCCCGCUCCUCCAUCAUCUAACCUCGACAUCAUGGGCGGCAUGUCCACUCCGCCGUCCCAGCAACAGCAAACCCCAGCCAGUGUUCCCUGCUACGAUGCAAAUGGCUUGUGCGUGACUUUCCAGUUGCAGCGUAACGCGGAGGGCACUAUCCAAGCCACAGCCCGCUUCCAGAACUCGUCGUCAGACACUUUGUCCAAUGUGGGUUUGCAGGCUGCUGUGCCCAAGUCGCAAAAGCUUCAGCUUCAAAGCAUUUCGUCCUCAGAGCUGGCGCCAGCCUCGGAAGCCUCACAAGUCAUGAGAGUAUCUGGCUGCAAAGGACUGAUGGAGCAGGUGAACUGGACGGAACCUUCAUAG